CAAAGAGUUUAUAAAGCAACUGUUACUGGACACAGCUGUCAGUGCCUACAGUUACACCCUGAAAACGAAGAUGGGCCCGUGAUUCUCGUUUGGAUCCAGAGACGGGUGUCUAGUGCCCCCAAAUCUGGGAAUGUUCCGCUUCGACCCGAGGUUUUCAUUCAGCCCAUUAUGACAACUCAGGUGCCAUUUGCAAAUUCUGAUUGGACCGGGAAGCAAAGUGUGAGGGUGGUAAAAUCUUGGGGUUUAGAUCAGGCCCAGGUAGGGUGACCAGAUAGCGAGGGUGAAAAAUCGGGACAAGGGGUGGGGGGUAAUAGGAGCCUGUAUAAGAAAAAGCCCCAAAUAUCGGGACUGUCCCUAUAAAAUUGGGACCUCUGGUCACACUAGGCCCAGGUCAGCCUGGAAGGGUAGUGAGCUUCUCCCAGGCAAUUCAGUAAUUCCUCCCAAGGAAGAAAACAGAAGGAAAGCAAGCUGGACUCAACUAUCAAAUAUAUCAAGGAAGUGGGACAGUCUCCAGCAGCUGGAAAACAGUCUCUUAAUUAACAAUGAAUUAGGCUCCUGCAAUAAGAUAAAGGGAAGACAAUGUGACAUAAUUAAAGAACAAUGAGAGCAAAUUGCUUCGCAUGCCCCUGUACACCCCUCCCCAGCAGGGUCUUGCUGCAAAUCAGAAUCCUUUGCUCCCACUGUCGCUUCCAUUUGAUCCUGGAUGUCCUCAUUUAUCCUGGUCUUCCCAUCACCCACACGGGCUCUCUGAUGCCUGCCCCACCGCCCUGUACUGGGUCAAACCUUAGCAUGCAGCUCCCAUCUCCCUCAGCUGUCUGAUUUUAUUCAUUACAUAUGACGCUUGGCUAUGAGACUGAGGAAACAAUCCGUGAAACAAAACUGCCCUGCUGCCCUCCUGCAACUUUCCUCCUCCUCUGAAAUGUGUCUGUCCCGCCCUUUUGGAGGCUUCUGUGGCACAUUUUAACAAACAAGCAUCCAACAUUUGGACCACAGAUAGUUAAAAAAAAAUUGAGACAUGGCUUAGCCACAUGCCAGACUCAAACUCCCUAGCAUGGCUUUCAUCUGUAGAUCAAAAAUCAUGGAAUCCAAAAUACAGUCCCUUAAAAGUUACCCGAAUGCACCAUCUAGUGGUUCACUGGGACUCCCACAGAUUCAUUCUGCAGGCAUUCCUCUAAACCAGCGUUUCGGUGUCAGGAAGAUCUCAGGGAUCAGCGCCGAUCCACAGACCGGUUGGUGAGAAACACCACUCUAGACAAUCACACUGUGCAGUAGAUCCAAAGAACUCAGGGCACUUUCCCAGCCUCACAACACGCCCAUGAAGUAGCUUGCUCCACAAGAACACGGACAGGAUCCUUCUGCUGCAGAGACGUGCAGCGGCAAUAUACAGCACACCAAGGCCUGGAACAGAAUGGGAGUACAUUGUGAAGGUCGGGGGUGUUAACGUUCUCCUAUUCUCUCUCCUGACGCACUGGGCCUUCAGCAAGAGCUUGUCCCAGUUCAGCCCCCACUACCCAAGCCUGCAUCAGAGUCCGAGCACCGACUUUUCCAUGGUAAAGGACCCUGGUGUCGCGCGCAGGGCUCCACUGCUACAGAAGAGUGUGUGACAAGGGAGUAAACCCCUGCCAUGAGCCGACCUGAAAGAAUGCCUAUGGGAUCAGGAAAACAGAUACUUUCCGUGUAAAUAUUUUUUCACCUAAAACCGAACCUCUGUCUCCGAAGAGGCAAUGUUUUCCCCUGGGUACAGCAGUACGCUGGGAGCCAGGCUGCUAAUCUUGGUGUGCCUCCGCCUUGCUGCAUGACCUUGAUUGCAAAGAGGAGAAGUCCUGCAGAUACCCGUGAGUGUAACCAUGGCCCAGGUGCAGUACGACUGUUCCACGGGGAAUCAUCCAAACAUCACCAAUUCAACAGCCUCCCCCGUGGGACAUGAGCAAAUUCAACUCCUGUUGCACGUCUGCAAGGAAGCUAAGAAAUCUGCUUACUGUCCAUAUAGUCGCUUCCCGGUGGGAGCGGCGCUACUGACUUGUGAUGGGAAGAUCUUCUCUGGCUGCAAUGUAGAAAAUGCCUGCUACCCCCUGGGGAUAUGUGCAGAACGCACCGCCAUUCAGAAAGCCGUGUCAGAAGGGUACGUGAAUUUCAGAGCCAUGGCCAUUGCUAGCAACACUGAAGAGGAUUUCAUCGUGCCCUGUGGGGCCUGCAGGCAAGUCAUGAGAGAGUUCAAUAGAGACUGGGACAUUUACAUGACGAAGCCAGAUGGGACCUAUAUAGUCAAGACUCUUCAAGAGCUCCUGCCCCUGUCAUUUGGACCAGAAGAUCUGAAGAAGUUCUGAAGAGAACGUGGAGCAUGUGAUCUGCAACGGCACUAAAGAACCUCCAGACAAUCUUAUGCUUUCUGUCUGCAGGACGAGAUUUAUUUCAGAUACUUCCCAACUCUGUCUCCUAGGGAAUGUCAUUCAACUUCUGUAAGCCUCAGGGAACUCUAAUGAAAAUAAUUUCCAUUUAUACUAGGCCUGGGGAAGGGGUGGCAAGAACCAGAUCUGCCUCAUUGUGAAUCGGCCAAUCCCAAACGUUCACAAGUUCGGUUUAGCAGACAUGGCAGCAAUGAUGUCAUGAUUACAGCAGGUUGGGAAUUUGUCAAUGAAACGUUUUGCGUGGGAAAACGCCAGUUCAUCGAAACAGUCUGAGCUAGUCACAUGACCACUCUGUGCCUCAAUUUCCUCACCUGAAUAAUGAUGCAUUAACCUUUUUCGCAAAGUGCUUUGAGAUGCUUGGGUGAAAAAUGCUUUUAUAGUGCUAAAUAUGAUUAUUGCUCAUAUUAAUGCAGUUACUCCAGCUUUAUACUGGUUUAACUGAGGCCAGAAUCUGGCCUAAGAGUCUCAUAUAAGGUCAGAAUGUAAAUUCUAACAUACUAGAGGGUCCACAUUAUUCUGACACAUAUUACUCAAAAACCAUGGGCCAAGUGCACCUUCUCCCCCACAUCUUCCUACCUCAGGCUAUAUGCUGUACAUUUAUUUACUAGUGAUUAGAGAACAACCAAAUUAAAGAUUCACUGAGUUCUGGUUUGGCUCCAGAUCUCAUUUUAUGCAAACCUCGAAAGUUCCGAUGGAGGAGAAUUUAACACACAGUUUUAAUUCUGGCUCAUCACUACUGUUGAUCAAAAUUGCACAGAUCAAUAAAUCAUACAAAUGCAGGAAUUCGGUAAUGUAAAAUAGUUAUUUGUAAAGAUAAGAAGAAAAACUAAAUAAGAGAGAAGAGAAACUAAAGGUUUAAUAAAUCCAAAGUAGACUAUCUUGUUCAUCUAUGAAGCAGGUUAUUAGUAAGCAACAGCCGAUAGUAAAAUGGGCAUUUUAGAUUAUGCUGCUUAUUGUCACUUAAUUUUCAACACUUUGUCAACAUCCUCUUCUUCGUUACCCUUAGUUUAUUUUUCUUGAUUUAUUUUUUUUCUGUGUGUGAGAAUGGAUGGGAAAGGGAAUGUAGUGGUGAGAACUGGACAAUACUCUUAACAGUUCUGUCUCCAGAGUAAUAUGAUGUUAUGACUGAGCUACAUUAGGCACAAUGAAAUUAUCUGAAUUGAACAAAAAUGGGUUAAUUUUUCUAAUCAUGUUAUUGUAAAUGUCCAAACAGAAUAAAUGUAGUCACUAAUUCUACUGCUCCAUCCAACUGUUGUUUUAUUACAGAACAGAGCCACUCAAAACGAUGUGGUUUUAGUUUCUAGGAGUUUAGAGGUAAAACAGAAUAAUACUGUACAGCAUUUAAGCUACAUAUGCAGUCAGACUUCAGGUAACACACAACAUUGAGUAGCACGUAACAGAGCACACAUUCAGUAUUUCCCUCAGGGUAACACACAACAAGAGAGUAUACAGCAGUGAUCCCAGGUGCAACGACAGCAUACAGAGUACACAAUCUAUACCCAGGGCACCACACAUCAUGCAGAGAUCCAUACCCUUCCCAGGACAAUACAGAAUAUGCAGAGUAACACAUGGCAGCAUGAAGCAUACACCGUCCAUACGCAGGGCAACACACACCAGACAGAGUCUGCAAUCCACAAAAAGGCCAACACAGAGCAUGGAGAGUACACAUUCAAUACCCAGGCCAACACACACCAUGCCCAGUACACAAUCCAUACCCAGAGCAACACACACAGCUACAUGUAGCAUACAUAACCCUUACCCAGCCAGAGUAACACAGUCCACAACCUGUACGCACAGUAACACACACCGCAUGCAGAGCAGGGUGGAUUUGAUUUAAAUCACUAGUCAAGAAGACUCAAUUUAAUCAUGGUUUUCUACAUAAAAGUGCAUUUUUGUUGGUUGUUAUAACCUU